GUCAUCAAAAUAUUGAAAGUUUUCUUAUUUUUCUUUGUCGCAUUCUAAUAUGUUUUGGUAUUAAUGGUAAAGCCGAGAAACUUCUUUUUAUCAAUUCUUUGAAAAUUCUCAUUUCUAAUAGGAUAAAGUUCCUAACCUCUCGAACGAAAUGAGCGACGAGUAUCAAAUAAAAGUUGCAAUUGGGUUCCCUUCGGUUAAAGAGGCACAAAUAGCCUACGAAGUUCUCAGUGUCGAUAAAGGACCUCGAAGAAGUGGAACGAAAAGAAAUUUAAGUGUUGUCGAUAAAUUUCUUGAAGUAAAAUUUACUGGACAGAAAGCAAGCAAAUUGCGUACAGCUCUCACGUCCUAUUUCGAGAGUUUACUUCUUGUCUUAGAUACAAUGAUAGAAUUCAAACCCGAGAUUAUUAUUCAGUAGUCUAAAAUCAAUAUAAAGUUAUAUACU